CACAUUCACAGCCAAUGCUCGGCUCGUCCCUCGGGAAACUUACCAAAAGAUUGGCUACUCGGUGAUCCGAGGAAAGCACUAGAACUUUAGCCAACGAUUGGCGUCAAUCGCUUUACAAGGUCGAAUUGUGUAACGAUACUAAAUAUUUCCAUCUGCUGGGCGGAGAUCUUUGAAGCGACUUCAGUUUCUAGUUUAAAUUGUAAUUUUAGAGUUGGAAAGACUAUUCUGUUGACCAUCGUUGAAAAUGGCAAAUCCUAAGACAGUUCAUCUUGAAUGCGAUCCGUCAGAUCAACAGAAGAAAUCUCUUCGGGCGAAACAACGUUCUGCAGAAAUUUUGAACAGACCUAGGACGAAUACAAGUUCCCAAAAUCGGGAAGUAGCUUCUGGGAACUCGAAACCCAGGGAAAUCGGAAAUCAAUCCAAGCCUCUUCACGACGAACAGACACUUUCCGAUAUCGUCUCUGACCUCACAAACGAAAACAAGAACCUCAGAGCUCAAGUUCAGAUACUCAGAAAUCAUUGGCAAGCGGAAGUCGAAGACUUGGCGAAACGAGAGGAAAAGAGGAAAAGCAACGAAUUGAUACUUCGUGCCGAAAUUCAGCAUCUGAAAGAUGCACGCCGUGAGCGUGAACGUGCAGGCUUGGGGGAUAUGGAGGAAGAACUAUACCUCAAAACUCACGACACAUACCGUUGGCAGGCACGAGUCGCAGAAAUGCAGGACAUGAAGCUUUUCGUCGAUGGGAAUUCUCCAAGAGUAAGACCUAUCGAAGAGAAGAUCAUCCAACAAGCUUUGGAUUCUGUCGCUGUGGAGCUGCAAAUCCUUCGCGCACACGACACCUCGAAUAGCCCUCCUACCUCUGUGGCUCUCGGGCAGAAUAGCGACCUGGAUUUGUUGUUACGAAGUAUGAUACCUGAGGCUCGAGAUAUGGCUCACAGAAGAACAUUAGCUGUAUCAAACAUGUUCAAGUGGGGUUUAUCAAUCUUUGCUCGAGGUCUUGCAGUAGCUGCAAUUAAAGACUGGGUAAUGGACACUGACUUCCCAAGCUUCAUUGGGUCAGGGGAUCCGAGGAUUCUCGAGGAAUAUCGUAAGAUUCUUUCCAAUUUUGAUGGAUGGCAAAGACUGCAUAACCUCGAGAUGGCUGCCUAUCGAUCACUUACUGAGACAAUAUAUUUCAAAGAAAGCUUUCUUCCCAGAGCGGCUAAUGAUCUUGCGGAUCGUCUAUCGAUGGCACUUGUCCCACUAUUUGUUCAUACUUCGGAUGCAUCAUUACACGAGGGAUUUGCUUCAUGGGGCGAAGACGAGGUUACCUCAAAGAAUCGCCAGUUGUCUUUGAAGAGAAUGUUCGAAGCUGCCUUGCGCUUGAAAGUCGCAACGGUACUCACAGAUGAGCGGUAUCAAUUUCAGCUUCAUCCGCUUGGAACUGUAAGCAAAGCUUCAAUUUCUGACGGUGAAUAUCGAAAUAAUCCUGUCGCCAGGAAUGAUGACAUGACAAAGAACUGGCUCCAUGCCUCCUUGAUGGUCUACCGCGGCGAGCAGUCAAAUCCGCGUGACAGAAUGGAGGACGCUUUGGUUCACCCAAAGAACUUCUUUUCAACCGGCGAGAAAAGAAGUCGGCCACCACUUGCUACCCAGCGCCUGACGGUUAGAGAUGGUACGUGCAGUCAGACCUCUGAGGGAGCCUCCUCACCUGCACAGAGAGCCCAGAAAGAUACUCUCAACGAGCAACAACGCAAGGAGGAGGCUCACAUGCCGGUCACCAACUCCCGUCCUCCAAAGCGAAGCCACAACAACACAGAGAUUUUAGACAACAUAACUUCCGAACCAGCCAGCAAGCGACAAAUGCUCAAAGGUCUCGAACCCUCUAAGAGCCUUGAAAUGUCUCCGCAAUUGCAGACAUCAAUAGUUCGCAACGGGGUACAUGACAUGGACUGCGAACACGAAGAAGUAGAAAGCAGUGAUGGCAUCCCGAUUAGAAACAGCUUUCCAUACACCAGCUGCCAUGCUGAGUCCGGGACUGAAAGGAAUCUGCUUAAGCACCAGCAAGAAGAGCAUCCUGAACUAUCCCAUGACCGCCACACUCUCAAUAGCCUUCAGAGUCAAUCGUACUCUACACCCACUAUCACCAAAUUGGACAACACUGCUGGGGAAGGUCAUGUAGAUGAAAAAGUCACGUCUAGAAAGAGCAGAGGACCGAAUUCCCCAUCAACGCACUGCGGUGGAUGUGAUAAAUCGUUUGCAAGCUCGUACAGUCUGAAGCAACAUCAAAAGAAUAAGAUCUGCAAGGGACGAAAGUGUAAAGAGUGCGACGACGUAUUUUGGAAAUUGGCAGACCUCGAGACGCACAUGCACCACGAGCAUGCUCAGUCGAUGUUGGCUACUCCACUAUUACCUUCUUCGGAGUUCCAGAGCCGGCGGUCAAGGCCUUACAAUCAGACUUCAAUACCCCUGGCAUCCCCUUUCUCCACCGCUGCAACUGAGACAAACGCAGCUUGCCCGGAGCAAGAAACUUUCAUCGCGCCGACAACCAACGAGAUGAUGAAUUUUCCUCGAACAAGGUUCAAAUCAUCCUACAGCUUUCCAGUCAGCGAACAAGAUAAUAUGUGGGGCUCUAACACCAUGUCAGGCACAGUGCUCGGCUCGCAAAGUAGUCCUGAAGUGAUGGAGCCGAAACCGGAUCGUGGGGAUUCCCAUCAUGGAAGAGACUACAACAACAAGUCUGCAUCUACUGACAAUGGAUUAUCAUCUGCCAAGCGACAAGGUCUGUCGUGCUCCAUGUUUUUCUUAAUACUAGGCAACGAGCUGAUAUCCGUACGUAGACGCAACAAAUAACCUUACCAACUAUCUUGACUAUUCAACAAGACAACAUCCAAGUUUUCCAAUUGGCCUAGAAGUUCCCGCAUCCCAUGGCACAUCUAGCCAAGAGUCCUACGCUCAACCGUUAGAUGCCUCUCGUGCAUUUUC